CAUCCUCUUUUUUUUCUUUCUUUCACAUCGGUGAUAGACACCAUGUCAAUUCAAGCCGCCUCCAACUCCGAGAAGCCACCGCAAGAAGAUAAUUAUCAGCCACCGUCAAGUCUUUCUUCGUUGCCAGACGAUGUUGUUUUGAACUGCUUAGCCCGCGUUCCGAGAAGCGAUGACCUAAACAUAUCUUGUGUCUCCAAAACCCUAAGGUCACUCGUGCGUUCGCCUGAACUCUGCCGUCUCCGAUCUCGUCUCCCCAAGAAGUCCCUCUAUCUCUUCUAUCAUUUCCACCAAGACUCCAAAAGGUGUCACUGGAUCACUCUGCGUCGGGGUGAGAAGAUGAUCACUAGUACUCAUGACUAUCAGGUGGAACAGAGAUCUUGUUCAUUGGCGGGUCUCCUGACCUCUCCUCAUUUUCCUACGUUCUAUUCUUCUGGCGUCUCGGUGGGAUCAGAGAUCUAUUUCCCUGAUCACGGAUGGCCUUUUCCCUCCACGAAGGUUAGGGUCCUUGAUACUCGAUCUGGUACUAUACGGAUGGUUCCAAGCAUGAAAGUGGCUAGGUGGGCCCAUAAAAAAGCAAUGGGAGUAGUCGACGGGAAGAUAUACGUGAUUGGAGGAACUUAUGGGAAAAACCAAGUGGAAGUGCUUGAUCCAGAAACUCAAACCUGGGAGUUCGCAGGUGAGGAGAAAGUGCAAUGCAAUUCGCGGUUUAGUGCGCCGCUGGAGGACAAGGUUUACAUGGUGGACUUGGAACAUGGGAGAAUCAGUGCGUAUAGUCCGAGAGAAGGUAUAAACAACGUGGCGACAGAGAGGCUAAUUGAGCAUAUGAACUGCAUGUGUGUGGUAGAGAAUGUGAUUUAUGCUUGUUUUAAGCGGAGUGGGUUAAUGUGGUUUGACACAAAGCUCAAGGUUUGGAGAAGAUUGAUUGAUUCUGGUGGGAAGGCAACAUUGUGUUCCUUUAACGCUGGAAAAAUGGCGGAGUACGAGGGGAAGUUAGCGGUUUUUUGGACACAGAUUAAUACUAAUUUUGUGGAGAAGGUGGAUAUUAGGUGUAGAAUUAUCGCAUUGGAUAGGGUAGGAGAAGAGAUUCGUGGGAAGAUCGAGAGCUCUGGUAGUGUGGCCACAUGUUCGUAUUCCAUAACUUUAAGCCAUUGUUUAGUUGUGUCUGAUUGAUCCACUCAUUAUAUGAUUUAGCAUACUAAACUAUUUUUUCAUGCGAAACCCUACAAAAAAAAAAGAAAACUAUUUUUUCAUUCGCACAAGCUGUUAUGUGAAAUGCAUAAUAAAGGGAGGCAUGUAUAUUGAAUUUUUUUAUAGCCCAAGU